AAUGUUAAAGAAAUAGUAGAAGAAGAAAUUACCGGAAGAUGUGCUGCCUACGUUACCGAAUGACCCAGUUAGCUUCUCAGAUUAACAGUGAAUAAUCUAAAAGGCAAACAAUUGAUUGAAUUCUUGUAUUUGUGUGAAUUUAAUUUUAAAAUGUAUUAUUUCCAAAGUCGUACGUUGGUGUGAAAACGAAUCUAAAAACGAGGAUUUCGAGGCAAAAUGGACUAGUUGACGUUGCUGUUUUGGUUAGCCAUGCUAGCUAACGUUAAAAUGAAUCGUCAAACCUUAACUGCGCGCUAAAAAGCUUUGCCUUGUUCACACGUUUUGUUCUUUGGCCUAAUAAUUACGCACUUUAAGUGUUCAGAAGAUCCUUCAUAUCAUCAGUGUCCUUUGAUGUUCUGGGUGUCAGAAAGGAACCAGUCAGUCCCAUGUCUGCUGAGGCGACAGUCAGCGGUCAUGCUGCAAACUCUGCCCAGUCUGCUGUUUCCCAGCCGGUUUUCCAAAGCACUGUUGUAGACAGACAACAUGGCCUGUUGGGAAGCAAAUAUGUCAAGUUAAAUGUGGGUGGCUCGCUGCAUUAUACAACUGUCCAGACACUGACCAAGGAGGAAAGUCUUCUGCAGAGCAUUUGCAAUGGAGGAACUGAUGUGACCAUUGACUCAGAUGGCUGGGUGAUUUUAGAUAGAAGUGGCCGACAUUUUGGGCUCAUUUUGAACUUCCUGCGGGAUGGAUCGGUACCGCUCCCUGAUGACCACCGAGAACUUGACGAGAUCCUCAAAGAAGCUCAGCACUACAGGGUCCAAGGGCUUAUCCAGCACUGCGUCACUGCCAUGCAGAAGCAAAAGGACAUUUUUGAAAGUGUGUGUCGCAUCCCCAUGAUCACAUCAGCUAAAGAAGAGCAGAGGAUGAUUGCUACCUGUAGAAAGCCGGUUGUAAAAUUGCAGAACAACAGGGGAAAUAACAAGUACUCGUACACCAGCAAUUCAGACGACAAUUUGUUGAAGAACAUCGAACUGUUCGACAAACUCGUACUCCGCUUCAACGGCCGGGUGCUGUUUGUCAAAGAUGUGCUGGGGGACGAGAUCUGCUGCUGGUCUUUUUACGGCGAAGGUCGUAAAAUUGCUGAAGUAUGCUGCACAUCCAUCGUCUAUGCCACAGAGAAGAAGCAGACCAAAGUUGAGUUUCCCGAAGCACGGAUUUUCGAAGAAACCCUCAAUAUCCUCAUUUAUGAGAACGGCAGAAGAUCCGGUCCGGGAGGCUUUCACCUCUUAGAUUCGAGGGGGCCCGGCUCUUCGGCGGGCGCCGGCCAAUCAGAGGAAGAGGGCGCAGUGGGCGGUGACAGGCGAGUGAGGCGAAUCCACGUUCGGAGGCACAUCAUGCACGACGAAAGAGGGCACGGUCAGCAAACUGUGUACAAGGAUUAACAAUGUGAAGACAAAAAGGCACACUCAGACAUGUUCUACGAGCUGAUGGCAAUAUCUUUAUUGUCAGUAGUCACGUUUCGUGUUACUGCCAUAGGUUAAGGUCGUAACUGGAGGGAGGUGAAGAUGUUUACAAGGUUUAAUAGAAAAAUAGCCUGGGACGUGAGACUGGCAUAAAUAUGACUUCACUGUUCUUCGCCUUCUUUUCACGUGGGUGUUUGAUGAUGCGCACUGGCAGCCGCCUCUGUGUAAGCACAGUUUCAGGCUUGAUCUGCUCGUAUUUUGUCAGGUUGUCCACCUUUUCGCGAAUAGAUGAGGUGUUUCUUCAAUUUAGUUUCGAUAUGUUAACACUGGAAUAGCCUGCGCAGCCGUUUUUUGUGACGUUGUCUAAGAAUGAGAUUGAUGGGCAGCUCUAAUUUUCCAUAUUUAAAAUAAUUUCCGCUGUUGCUUUGGGAUGUCUUUUUUUAAUUUAAUUUAUGAACCUAAUUUAUUGCCCUGUAUAUAACUUUUGUAUGCAAUCCCAGUGUUAACACAUGUCAAGUGGGUUAUACAUUUGCACUCGAUAACACACGUCGGAUUUGUAAUGACUAAAAUUGUGAUGUUUUAUUUAAGUUGGUUUUAGGUGAUUGUGUUGUAUUUAAUUCUGAGCCAUGAUUUUUCACUUUCCUUCACGUCAUAUACCAAACCACAAAUAUGUGUUCCGUUAUUGGGCUAGCAAUGAUCUUAAUACGUCCAACGUUGUAUUUUUAAUGGUUUUUAUACACCCCCCUUCCUACUCUCAUUUUGAUGUUUUGUGCAAACCUAAUUAAUUCUAAAGUUAAACACUGAACAAUGUGCCUCCUUUUUAAAAAUUCCCCCCUGAACACGAUGCACUACUUCUCCUUGCAACUUCCGUCCAACUGUGGUGAGAAGAAAUGUUCCAAAUAAAUUUAGUAUUCCAACUUGC